AUGUGAAUGAAGUUGCAUAUAGGUUGGAGUUGCUUGCUGUCCAGAACUUGCCAGAUACGUGCUAUACAUUCAGAAUGGAUAGGACGAGAUCACAAGGCAAAAGAGCACAAAGUUAUCACUUGAGAAAGGAGCACGAGACUCAUAAGAAGAUGCUUGGUCCCUUGUGUACUAGGUUUUCGUUGCCCGCCUUUGCCAGGCGGGUAGAAAAACUGAGUUGUGGCCAACGAGCUGCGAUAGAGAGAGUAGGGUUUGGAAGUUUGCUGCACAUGCCUAAUUAUAGCAUCAACAGGGCAUUGAUAAGUGUGCUGAUAGAGAAAUGGAGUUCUGAGAAGAAGGCCUUUUUAGUUGGUGGUGGUGAGAUUUCCAUGACACCCAUGGAUGUGGCAUUAAUCAUGGGCCUCCCUGUCAUUGGAAAGCCAGUAACAAUUGGAAAAGAUGAGGCUUCAUUAGAUUUAGAGGAUGAAUAUGUCAAUUCUCCCAGCAAGAGGAAAAUUGCAAUUAGCACACUUGAGGGGGAGCUGGAUGGCGAGAUAGGCGAGGGAGCAAAGUUCAUAAGGAUGUUUUUGCUAUAUGCUUUUGGCGUGUUUCUAUUCCCAAAUUCAGGUCGAGUGGUCAAUGGGCGUUAUAUGUCGUAUCUCAAAAAUUUGGAUGCUAUUAAAGAAUAUGCCUGGGGUUUGGCUUUGCUCGAGCAUUUGACUAUAUGUAUAACCGAGAGAAAGGAUCAUCAUAAGACAUACAUUGGAGGUUGUCUUAUAUUCCUCCAGAUAUGGUCAUUUGAGCAUUUAGAUGUGGCUCGGCCUAAAUUUCAAUUGAACUCCUUGACUUUUCCUCGUACAUGCCGAUGGGAAGAGAGUAAGACAACAACAUCAAAGAUCAAGGAUGAAUUUGAAAGGCUAACCAAAAAUAAGAUAAUCUUGGAGCUUCAGCCUACUGCAAUUGAGUUAGGAGUUGAUAUCAUCAAAGAAGUUUUGGCAGCACGAAUUGAGCCCCAACAGACACCUACGCAAUCAGGGAUGAUGGAUCUUCCAAUGGACAAUGAUAUCAAUGCAGAAAUGGACUUUGUUGUGGAUAAGAUGGACAUACACAUAUCUGAUGCACCGGAAGUUUCCUCUUCACAUUAUCCUUCUCAGCAAGAGUUGUUGGAAGAAUUAUGGGAAAAGGAAAAGCAAGAAGUGACCCUCCGGGAAGAAAUGGAGGCUCUGAGAGAUUCUUUGAGAUUGGAAAAGCAAGAGUCGGAUAGGCUAAAAGCUCUUUGUCACGAGAGAGACAUAGCCCUUCAAGCUACAAUGUCAGAGAAGAGGAGCUUGGAAGCAAAAUUGACCGAGAAUGAAGAUUUACUCUUAGAAAAUAAUGCGGUUAUACAAAAACUUCAAGAAGCGGUAGAAGCGAGUCAUGUGUAUGCACAUAAAAUAGAAGAAAUCCUGGACAGAACUUUAAUUGAAAGGCUGCGAUGAUAGCUUGGAUGGAGAGAGAUUGCUGAUAAGAGGGAGUCCUAAAAGCUUGGGAACUUGAGGAAUUGAGAGUGACUUUCUGGAGUAACUUCUUUUCUCCUGUCAUUGAGUCGAAAAGAGAUUUAUUAUUAACAAUGAUGCUCCAUCUUCCAGGAUAUUGUCAGAAUGAAUGUGCAGGCAGCUGCCAUCUUGAAGAUGCGAGGGGGCUUGAUUAGCUGAGCCGUAAAUCCUUUGUAAAGAAGAAACUUUGAGGAAGCGGUAUUCUAACACCAUUUUUCAGUUUGGCUUGAAUAGUUUUAUAAUAGUUUUAUUAUAAGGAAAGUCUUGCAACUUUGUUAUUUAUGUGUGAUAUGAGAAAUUUCUGUUCAUUGUUGGA